AUGUCCUUUUUCUCAUCACUACCAUCGCUUUUCGAUAGCCCCUCCAUCAAUUGGAAAGGCAUCUUCACUACUGGUGUCUUGUUAUACCAUUUUGCCGAUAGUUAUAUUAACUAUCGACAAUUCAAGGCGUUAAACAAGAAGUCACCUCCAGCUGCAUUGAAGGCUCAAGUCGACCAAGAUACUUUCAUCAAAUCUCAAAAUUACGCCCGGGAUAGAUUGAAGUUGUCUUUCUUCAAAACCGUGUACCAAGCUGCUAAACAACUUUUGUAUGUGGAAUAUGACCUUUUCCCUAAAAUUUGGAAUUUAAGUGAAAUAAUUUUGAAAAAUAUUGCACCUUUUCUACCAAAAUCCUUUGUUGGUACGAUUUUGCAAGCAGUCAUAUUUGAAAAUAUCCAAUUUAGCUUAAAUACCGUCAUGUCUCUUCCCCUUGAUCUCUAUGCAAAUUUUAUCAUUGAAGCAAAACAUGGUUUCAAUAAGUAUACGCUCAAAAGCUUUUUGAUUGAUCAGUUGAAAAUAAUUGUUUUUUCAAGUAUCAUCCAUUCUAUUGUGGCGGCUGGUAUUUCAAAAGUUAUUGACUAUUUUGGUCUGCAAUUUGUAUUUUAUUCAAGUGUCUUUUUGCUCUUGUUUUUAAUCUUCCUUUACACUGUAAUCCCCGUUGUUAUUAUACCUUGGAUUUACAAAAUGACUUCGCUUGAAAAUGGCGAAUUGAGAAAUGAAUUGGAAGCACUUACUGCUAAAGUUAAAUUCCCUUCCAGCAACUUAUUCGUUAUAGAUGGCUCAUCUAAAUCAUCUCAUUCUAAUGCUUUCUUUUCGGGAUUACCAUGGAGUAAACAGAUUGUCUUAUACGAUACCUUGAUUGAAUCAGCAAGUACUGAUGAAAUCGUGGCAGUAUUGGCUCAUGAAAUUGGCCAUUGGAAAUUGAAUCAUAUCCUGCAGCUUCUUAUUGGUGACUUUGUGCAAUCGGUGGUUAACUUCUACUUAUUUCUGUUCUUCUUGAAUAACAAAUCUUUUUACAACCAAUUUGGUUUUGGAAAUGUUCGUGCAGCUUGGGUCGCUUUCACAAUUUAUAAUCUGCUUAUCCAGCCAGUGGAAUUACUCAAUAAUCUUGCCCUUAACCAAUUAACAAGACGAAAUGAGUAUUUAGCUGAUGAAUACGCUAAAGAAUUGGGUUAUUCGGAUGCUCUAGCUCGAGCACUCAUAAUAUUAGACAAAGAAAAUUUAACCUCUACUGAUCCUGAUUGGUUAUAUUCUUGCUAUAAACUUUCCCAUCCCAGCUUAACAGAAAGAUUAUCGGCAAUCGGGUAUGUUUCUGAAAAGAAGAUUACCUAGUCGUCUAUGUUUGGCUUAUAUGAUUGUUUUAAUAUAUGAUUUAUUAUAUGAUUGUUUGGCUUAUAUGAUUGUUUGGCUU